UUUAUGUGCACUCGCUGUUUAGGGCAGCCGUCUCGACUCAGACUCCACCCGGCCAGCCUGAAUUUGAAUCGGGCGGCCACCUCGUCCGCUCACCCACGACUCGCGCUCAGGCGAAUACUUAGAUCGUGCCCCGGUUGAACUCGACCCACGCUCUUGCCUGAGUCAUGCCGAUCGCCGCCUUCGUGCCCUAAACGCUGUGUCUCCGUCGGCGAACCCCCCGUGAUAAUUUAAUCGAAUGGCAAAUAGCAAGUAUGAGUACGUCAAGAAAUUUGAAACUGAUGACAGACUGCCUCCCUCCAGUUGGAUUGUUGUCAGAAUUGACGGAUGCCAUUUUCACCAAUUUUCUGCAGAACAUGCAUUUGAAAAGCCCAAUGACGAGAAUGCUUUGAAUUUGAUGAACUCAUGUGCAGUCUCUAUGCUAGAACAAUUUCCUGACAUAGUAUUUGCAUAUGGUGUCAGUGAUGAAUAUAGUUUUAUAUGGAAGGAAACUACUCAGUUUUACCAAAGACGGUCAAGCAAAUUACUUUCACUUAGUGUAUCCUAUUUCACAUCUGUCUACGUGAUGAAGUGGAAAGAAUUUUUUCCUCACAAGGAACUGAACGGACCCCCUUAUUUUGAUGGACGAGUUGUAUGUUACCCAAGAGCAAAAAUUGUCCAGGAUUAUCUGGCAUGGAGGCAGGUAGACUGUCACAUAAACAAUCAGUAUAAUACAUGUUUUUGGAUGUUGGUUAAGUCGGGAAAGACACAGAGGGAAGCCCAGGAACUUCUAAAGGGCACACAAGCAAAAGAUAAGAAUGAGCUGCUUUUUCAACAGUUCAAUGUUAAUUAUGAUAAGCUACCUCAAAUGUUCCGAAAAGGAUCUUGUGUUUACAGAAAAAAGGUGGAAGAAGUGGUUAAGUUGGAUGAUACUGGAAAUCCCGUCACAAGAACUCGAAGCAAGGUGGUUGUGGAACACAUGGAUAUAAUAGGCCCCAAGUUUUGGAGUGAGCUCCCUUACAUCCUCAAAGAAGAGUGUGACUGAAAUGACCACAUAUUUGAACUAUUUAUCGGCAAUUUGCAAGCAGGAUAUGCAGUCGAAGUCAGUCUGAUGUUUUGACAUCUUACACAUUCCAUGGCACAAACAUCUGCAGCUACAAUCAAUAUAUGGUACUUCAAAUAUGAAGUUGGAUGAAUGAAUCUUUUUGAAUCA